CCAUUAAACCCCACCACAAAUAAGAAAAAGAAACCUGUCACAGUAACAAAGGGCGAGGGUGUUACAGUCAUUUCACCUUCCGAGAACGUUAGGACAUAGUGAAGCUUUCGUAUAAUUUCGAGUGUCUCUCAUCUCUGCGUUGCGUUGGCGGUUUCGGCAAAGACAUUUUUCCGCGUUACGAUCUCACUUUCUUUCUAUUUUUGUUGUUGUUGUUCUUCUUCUUUUUCAUUAUUCAAUUCAUUAUUUUAUUCAUUUUUGUCUCUUUGAAUUCAUCACCAAUCCGCAAAAAGCAGAGGGUUCUUACUCUUCGCUUUGAUUCUCAAGUUUUGUUUAUGGUUUCUUCGGAGUCGUAGGAGAUGGGGUUUUUCAGCACUGUGUUGGGGAUUAUUGGGUUUGGAAUUAUUGGGGUUCCUCUCGGACUGCUCGUGGGGUUCUUCUUGUUCAUCUAUUCGGAGCCUCAGGAGGUCAAGGAUCCAAUGAUAAGGCCAAUCUACGAACUGGAUUCAGAAGCUUUGGAAGAGCUUAUUCCUGAAAUUCCAGUGUGGGUGAAGCACCCUGAUUUUGAUCGGGUAGACUGGUUGAACAAGUUCCUCGCAGCCAUGUGGCCUUAUCUUGAUAAGGCUAUUUGUGAUAGAAUAAGAGCCAUCGCUAAACCAAUGUUUGCAGAGUAUAUUGGCAAGUUUCAUAUUCAAUCUAUCGAGUUCGAAUGUUUAAGCCUUGGAACUCUUCCCCCCAGGCUUUACGGUUUCAAAGUGCAUGAGACUAAUGAGAAUGAAAUAGUCAUGGAAACUGCUGUCAGAUGGGCUGGGAACCCCAACAUAGUAUUGGUGCUGAGACUCUUUUCAUUAAACAUAAAAAUUCAGUUAGUAGACCUGCAAAUUUUCGCAGCACCUUGGGCAGCUUUGAAGCCUCUAGUGCCCACUUUUCCUUGUUUUUCCAACAUUGUUGUAUCUUUAUUGGAGAAGCCACAUGUAGAUUUUGGAAUGAAAGUACUAGGAUGUGAUGUCAUGUCCAUAUCUGGCCUCUAUCAAUUUGUUCAGGAGACUAUCAAAAAACAAAUUGCAAAUCUCUAUCUUUGGCCCCAUGUUUUUGGGAUACCGAUUCUUGACUCUUCAAUAGCGAUGACGAAAAAGCCUGUGGGAAUACUACACGUGAAGGUUGUCCAGGCUCUAAAGCUCUCGAAGAUGGACUUAUUGGGGACGUCAGAUCCAUAUGUCAAACUCAGUCUAAGCGGUGAACGACUACCGUCAAAGAAAACCACCAUUAAGAUGAAUAACUUAAAUCCAGUUUGGAAUGAGAAAUUCAAGCUUAUUGUAAAGGAUCCACAAUCUCAAGUUCUUCAGCUGCAAGUUUAUGAUUGGGAUAAGGUUGGUGGACACGAUAGGUUGGGAAUGCAGCUAGUCCCCUUGAAAGUACUUGAACCCUAUGAGACAAAGGAACUAACACUCGACUUGCUGAAGAACACGAACAUAAAUGAUUCUCAUAACAAGAAACCGAGAGGGCAACUCGUGGUUGAGUUGACGUUUACUCCUUUUAGAGAAGAAAGUAGCAAAUGUAGUGGUAUGCUAGAUGUUACAUGUAGGAGUAUGGCAAGCCAAAAUGCAAGAGAUCUACUCGAUGAUUUUGUAGGUGGAGCGGGGUUGUUAUCGGUUAAAGUCCAGGGAGCUACAGGUGUGGAGGGAAAACGACAUAGUAAUCCUUACAUUGUAGCACACUUUAGAGGAGAAAAGAGGAAAACAAAGAUGGUGAAGAAAUGUCGUGACCCGGUUUGGAAUGAAGACUUCCAGUUCAUGCUUGAGGAGCCUCCAUUAGAAGAGAAGGUCCAUAUUGAGGUCAGGAGCAGGAGGACCCUUUUCAGUUUCCUAUCAAAGGAAUCACUAGGACACGUUGAGAUAAAUCUCACCGAUGUUGUGCACAACGGACGCAUCAACGAGAAGUAUCAUCUAAUCAAUUCGAAACACGGGAUGAUACACGUCGAGAUACAGUGGACAGUGGCUUGAUAGCUAGAAACAAAAUGAACAUUCAAAGAUGAAAGAACAACUCCCCCACUUGACUCGUUUAUAUGUCUCUCCAAUGGUGUGAGUAUUGUGUGGAAAAAAACAGGGAACAUGAACUUGGAAGUCUUUUAGAAUUCAGGCCACUGUUCCCAUAUUGUUCACUUAUGUGAAGCUGUAUUUAAAGCCAUUUCUUGCCAUAAGUUUUGCAGUCUAAAUGUAGAUUAGUUACCCUUGUUGAUUAUUAUUGUCAAAGGUUUAUUGACAAAAUGCCUCUUUUUUUUUUUUUAGAGAAUUUUGAGAAACUAGUAAAUGUAAUGAAGUACAGGGUAAAAGUUAAAAUAUAUUUUUAGUCGAUGAAGUUUGAAGUUAUUGUUUAUUUGGUUCCGAGGGUUAAAAAAAUGUCACUUUAGCCCUUGAA